AUGCACCCGUCUCUGCUCAGCCCAACCACCAUGGGGCCCUCCAGUUCCCUCCACUCACCUAUCAACACCCUGAAUUCACCGAUGAAUGGCCUGGCAUCACCCUUCUCCGUUAUUAGCUCCCCCAUGGGGCCCCACUCUAUGAACUCGCCAGGCAUGGGCUACGGCCCCAGCGUCAGCCCCCAGCUGAACUCUCCGAUGAACUCUGUCAGCAGCACGGAGGACAUUAAGCCCCCGCUGGGCCUCAACGGCGUGAUGAAGGUGCCAGCCCAGCCCUCAGGCACAACUCUGUCGCUCACUAAACACAUCUGUGCCAUCUGCGGCGACCGUUCUUCAGGUAAACACUACGGGGUGUAUAGCUGUGAGGGCUGCAAAGGAUUCUUCAAAAGAACUGUGCGCAAGGACCUGACCUACACCUGUCGUGACAACAAGGACUGUGUCAUUGAUAAACGCCAGAGGAACCGCUGUCAGUACUGCCGCUACCAGAAGUGUUUAGCCAUGGGCAUGAAGAGAGAAGUUUUGUUACAUGCAGCCGUUCAGGAGGAGCGCCAGCGAGCCAAGGACAAGAACGAGAACGAGGUGGAGUCGACCAGCUGCGUGAACGAGGACAUGCCCGUGGAGAAGAUCCUGGAAGCCGAGCAGGCGGUGGAACCCAAAACAGAGACCUACAUUGAGAGCAACCUCGGGGUGCCGUCCAAUUCGCCCAACGACCCCGUGACAAAUAUCUGUCAAGCGGCGGACAAGCAGCUCUUUACCCUGGUGGAGUGGGCCAAGAGGAUCCCGCACUUUUCUGAACUGCCGCUGGAUGACCAGGUCAUCCUUCUACGAGCAGGCUGGAAUGAACUCCUUAUUGCAUCGUUUUCACACCGCUCCAUAGCGGUUAAAGAUGGGAUUCUGCUGGCGACGGGGCUGCACGUCCACCGCAAUAGCGCCCAUAGUGCUGGAGUUGGAGCCAUCUUUGACAGAGUGCUCACAGAACUGGUGUCAAAGAUGAGAGACAUGCAGAUGGAUAAGACAGAACUGGGGUGCCUUCGAGCCAUCGUCCUAUUCAACCCAGAUUCCAAGGGUCUGUCCAACCCAGGUGAGGUGGAAGCCCUCAGAGAGAAAGUCUACGCGUCUUUAGAGGCAUACUGCAAACAGAAGUACCCCGAGCAGCCGGGAAGGUUCGCCAAGCUGUUGCUGCGGUUACCAGCGCUGCGCUCCAUCGGCCUCAAAUGUCUGGAGCACCUGUUCUUUUUCAAGCUGAUCGGAGACACGCCCAUCGACACCUUCCUCAUGGAGAUGCUAGAAGCCCCGCACCAAAUGACAUAAUGGCAGUGAGCCCUCCUCGCCCCUGCACCCCCCUCCCCCCCUUUCAUCGUACCCUCCUCACACGCACUGUGAGCAGGCUUUUUUCGGGGGUCUUUUUGUUUUGUUUUUUAAAUAAAAGUCCAUCUCCAGCAGGGGGCAGACGACAAAGACUUUGGAUGGAGAAUCUCUCCCCCCCUACCCCUCUUUCUGUCCUUCCCGCUGUCCGCUCUAUCCCCGCCUCCCUUUGAUGUGUUUCAGAACAAGGCAUCUAUCGCGCUUAGGGGUUUGUUUUAUACCUUGUAAAAAUAAAUAUAUAUAUAGAAAAAAAACUGAACUAUGUAUCACGUAACAGCGACGUGAGCGACGACAGAGUGAAAGGAGGACGGACGAAGGACAAACAAAACCGAAUGAGCCAUGGUUUUCAUCUUUGCUUUUCCCUCCAGCCCUGAAAAGAACGAGCAGAGAUGAUCAGGUUUUUCCAAACACUUAAUGGUAACGCUCGCAGGCGUCUUCACCAAAACAGCAAUGAUGUCACUUUCAGACGCUCAGCGUUUGUGACUGGGACAAUCGUAGACUCUUGGGAAAGUUGGGGGUCCAUCUUCUACUUGGACUGUAGCCUGCUUUGUCUUACAGGACUGGACAGUCUGGGAGGGGGCAGGGGGGUGAUGCACCGGCCUAAAGAAACCCGUCUGUUCGGUCAGACUGGACCGAACACGCCGGGUCUUGCACUAGCAGUUUGUUUGUUUUUUUUUGUUUUGCUUAGUUUUUUGUUUUUUUUAAGAGUGAGCUUGUCGGAGUAGAACUCAGAGGUGGCUUAUCAAGUUUGCAAAUCGCUCACAAACCUCAGGUCUCCUCCCAGCUCCAACGGACCCGAUCACGUCUUACUGCGAUAGCACUGUGCAACUUCAGGGAGGAUGUCUUAGUAGUCAACCAAUCAGCCCGCCAGUCCACCAAGAGGUGGGAGAGCCGGUUCUGUACAAUCAACACAGCUUUCUGUACUCACAGGUUGUUGUAAAUGACCCACCUGCUAGCUUUACGCUACGCGAGCAUCACUGGAUGCUGCGAAAAGGCCUCCAGGAGGUGGAGGAGCAGCGGUUCUAGCACACUCGGGUGCCUGGAAAGUGAGUGCUAGGUCAGCAUUGUCUUUUUUCCACCAUCCCACACUUGUCAUUUUUCUGUGAAUUGCAGCACACCAGAUAACGCCUCCACAGCCCUCUGCGCACAGCAGGCGGGCAUCAGCUUUUAAAAAAAAAAAAAAACACCUCAUACUUACCUGUACAGGAAGUUACAGCCGCACACAGUAUUGACGUUAUUUUUUUUUUAAGGUUUCUCUUCGAGAGGAGAAUGCACAAUUACCUCUGUCACCAUCGCUCAGACCUUUAGCUCUUUCCACUCAUUCAGCCUUCAUCCAUGAACAGCGUGUGGGAGAAGUGCCUGUGGUCGCAGCGGAGCCCAUCUUUUGUUGGUUUGUUUGUUUGUUUCUUGGCACUUAACCUCAUGACAGUGGAGUCGGGUUUCCGAGCUGAUGUAAAUGUAAUGGACCUCUUGGGUGGAAUUUGGCCCGGGCCCAGUUAGGAACGCCUCAGUCCUUUUCCUCCUCAGAGGGCGACACUCAAUCACACAAACCGACACACACACACACACACACACACUCUCACACACACACUCAGUGCACUUCUCUGGAGAAAAAAAGAGUGUCAUUUUCAAUGUCGAAUAUUUCAAUGUCAUGUGUAGAUGUGCUUUACGCCCAUUUCCCUGUUUUUCUUUCUCUGUUGUUGUUCCACCUCUACUUUUCUCUAAAUGCUGCAGCUGCUGCAAAACUAUGCAUCCACUGCAUUUCCAAAGAUUGUCCACAGAGCUGCUUAAAGAGCCCGAUUGUGUGUGCGCAUAGCAGAUGGUUGAGGUGGGCAUCCAAACGAUAGUCAUGAUAGUCAUUCUCUACUGAUUUAUGAAAAAACAAUUGCAAGUGUUUUUGGGAAACUGGGUGUCAGCGUAGCGCGAUCAUGUGUUAGUUUGUCCUUUUUCCUUUUUUUUUUGCAUUAGUUUAAUCUCCCAGUACAAUAAGUUUCACCGCACUUUCACAAGCACCUUUCACAAGGCAGUCUGGAAAACAACAAAAGGAAAAAAAAAAAAAAGGAGCACUGGGUUUUGAAUGCAGUAUAGGUGAGUCUGGGGAGUCUCGAAUGUGCCAGUCCAAUCCAAAUUUGUCAUUGCGCACGAUGACCUCAGUUUUUACUACAAAUUAGACGGGCAGGAAAAAGCGUUUGGUGCUUUUAACGAUCUUUGUCUGUUUUUUUAAGUCACAGACUGACUAUGUGCUUUAAAAGUGAAUGAAAUUUGACACGAAAACAUGCAGCAGUAUAACUCAUGGCUAAAAUCUAUCACAUACAAUCUAAAGAAUAAUUCUCCGCUUUUACCAGCCACAGUUUUCAUGUUGUGAGUCUUUUUUUAAACUUUUUUUUAAUACACUUAAAGUCAAUUACAUCUCUCAGAAAAACCACAUUUCCUGUCCAGUUCUAAUCUAAUCUCAAGUCAAUAAUCAGACAUGUUUGAGCAUAUUUUAUUGUAGCUAUUAUUCCAUUUUCCAGUAAGGAAGUGAUUAACAAAGUCUGAUUAAUAAGCGACUUUUUUCAAAUGGCACCACAAUGUGCUAAAAUAUCCCACUUUAUUUCACUGUUUGCGGGCAGAGACGUCAGGGAGGCAUCUGCGUGGAGGAAAUAUGUGUCGCCUAAAGGGAUCUCUGUGCUCAGGAGGCAGCUCUGAAAGGUCAGAUGGGAUUCACACCUCACGCAGGAUGGGUUUUAGUUUGGGUGGUGAUCGAAAGUUAAGAGAAGAAAGGGAGAGGGGCGUGAUGGCUAUUCAAGAGCCGCCAACCCCCUCUUGUGGCAGAGUGGCAGCGCCGCAACACUACUUGAAUCUUUUCUACAAGUGUUGAGUCGGAGAAAUAGGCGACAGUCUCUGAGACCGCUGUCAUCACUGUUGCUUCGGGUCACUCAAAACAUUGGUUUCAGAUUGUCAGAGUGGACAAAAGUAGCAAUAAUUUCAAUAUAACCCAGUGUUACCCGUCAUGUUCAGCGAGGUUGCCCGUGCUCUUACAACCCUAUCCAGUUGAUAGUGUUAACUGCCAGCUUGAGCUAAGUUUACAGUAUUUAUAUUAAAAACAAAACAAAAACAUGCAGAAUUGUCUGUUAAAACAGAAAAGUCGAUGCGUCUUGAGCAGGAAAUUUACCCUUGGAAAGAUUUUUUUUUGCUCUCAGAACUGAAGGUGACUAUUUUUUUAUUCUUCCUAAAGGUUGAUUUGAAUCAAAAAAGAUUUAUUUGAAACAAUCAUACACAGUUAAGUGAUAGCCCUACCGUUUUCUUGAGUCUGAUUUGGCCUGCCCUUCAGUUGACUGUGAUUAGAGAUUGCAGGUUAUCUUAAGCCAUAUAAAGUGGACGAGGUGUGGCCUAUCCCCCCCUCCUGCAGAAAAUGGACAGGCACGGAACUUCUCGACAAGAUAAAGGAAUGAUCACCUACAUGAAUGCUUUAUAACAUAAAGCUAUAUUUUGUUAAUAUGUAUAUGUGUGUAUAUUUAUAAAUAUAUAUCAACAGAUCUAUUCCUUGAGUAUUUCCAAAAUUAAAAAGAGGGAGAAAAGUCUUUCAGACCAAACUGUUCCGCACCACCUUUUAUUUUAGGAAGUACUUGGGGCUGUUUUACGUUUUAAUCUAUGAAAUGAAUCCUGAUGUACCAGCAGAACUGCAGCAGCUCUAAACUCUGAAGAACCAGCUUCUCGGCCGUUUGUGUUUGACCUCAACAAUCCAGCAGAAAAGAAACAAAGGCUUAGACCUUAAACCCUCCAAAAUGUACAUGUUGCUUGGCAAUUCUGUGUUCGAACAGUGUAAUCAGGAAACGCUGAGCUUGUGACACAAUCACCGCUUUCUUUGUUGCAUAGACAGUAUAAUGUUCUCGUUUAAAAAGAAAAAAACUAAGGAGGAAAAAAAAAAAACACUUGGAAAAAGAUCUAUUUUUGUACAAAGGUAAUUUUGUCCCUUGCUUAUGUACUCUGUACCCUCUCUUCUGUGGGCUGUUAUAUUCGUCGUGGAAAAGCUUACUCAAUUUCAGACUGAAAAUGUAAUGUGGGUGGAAUAGUCGGCUUUGGCACUUUGGUAACUGUGUCCCCUUUUCUUUGCCAUUUUGUUUUUCAUCCCGUCGCAGCAAAACGGGAAUGUCUCUGUUCAUUAUAUACAUUUUUUUUGUCUAUUUUUAACAAGAUGGAAUUUUGUCAUCUGUUCUUUGUGAGUUGUUCCGAUGUUCUACCUUUAUGGACAGAAAAAAAGGUUAUUAAAAAAACAACAGACUUACAA